UUAAAAUCCUUCCGGUUGGUUCAGCCAAUCCGUGCAUAGAGGAGCGGGGCGGACCGACAGGAGCGGAGGGAGCUGAGGGCCACCGCUGCCGCCACUGCCGCGGCAGGGGCGUGGAGGGCAGGGGGCGGCGGAGCCCGCAGUUAUAAACAUGGCUCAGAACAGAGACGGCGGAAACCCGUUCGCCGAGUCCGGCGAGCUGGACAACCCCUUUCAGGACCCAGCUGUGAUCCAGCACCGGCCAAGCCCGCAGUAUGCCACGCUUGAUGUCUACAACCCUUUUGAGACCCGGGAGCCGACACCAGCUUACGAGCCUCCUGCCCCUACCCCUGCACCUGCACCUUUGCCUCCACCCUCAGCCCCCUCUUUACAGUCCUCGAGGAAGCUCAGCCCCACAGAACCCAAGAACUAUGGCUCCUACAGCACUCAGGCCUCAGCUGCUGCAGCCACAGCCGAGCUACUAAAGAAGCAGGAGGAACUCAACCGGAAGGCAGAGGAGUUGGACCGCAGGGAAAGAGAGCUGCAACAUGUUACCCUGGGGGGCACAGCCACUCGACAGAACAAUUGGCCCCCUCUACCUUCCUUUUGCCCAGUCCAGCCCUGCUUUUUCCAAGAUAUCUCCAUGGAGAUCCCCCAAGAAUUUCAGAAGACAGUGUCCACCAUGUACUACCUCUGGAUGUGCAGCACUGCGGCUCUUCUCCUGAAUUUCCUCGCCUGCCUGGCAAGCUUCUGUGUGGAUAGCAGCAAGGGCUCAGGCUUUGGGCUUUCUCUGCUCUGGAUCCUCCUUUUCACUCCCUGCUCCUUCGUGUGCUGGUACCGCCCCAUGUAUAAGGCUUUCCGGAGCGACAGUUCAUUCAAUUUCUUUGUUUUUUUCUUCAUUUUCUUCGCUCAAGAUGUGAUCUAUGUCCUCCAGGCCAUUGGCAUCCCAGAAUGGGGGUUCAGUGGCUGGAUCGCUGCUCUGGUAGCGCUCAAGAUCAACACUGCCGUAGCCGUGCUCAUGCUGCUGGUCGCCCUGCUCUUCACUGGCAUCGCUGUGCUGGGAAUUGUGAUGCUGAAGCGGAUCCACUCCUUAUACCGACGCACAGGUGCCAGCUUUCAGAAGGCCCAGCAAGAAUUUGCUGCUGGUGUCUUCUCCAACCCGGCAGUGCGAACCGCAGCUGCCAACGCAGCCGCUGGGGCUGCCGAAAAUGCCUUCCGGGGGCCAUGACCCCUGUCUGGGACGCCCUGGCCCUGCCACUUGAGGGAGCCUAUAUAGCUCCUAUCCCUGAGGUCUCGGACUGGGGAGACAUCACUACUUGAUGGCUUCUCUACAGUGCCCCCAAUUCCAAGGCCAUGACUGCUGAACCCUACAUGGAGGUGCCAGGAGGUCACUGUGACCCGGUCACUGCUUGGCCUUCCCUUCACAGACCACAGUCCUGCCACCGCUGACACACUCCAACCCAGCUUCCCUCUGCUGUGCCAAGGCUGUCGCUUCAGUUAUUUAAAUAAAAAGAAAGUGGAACUGGAA